ACCAUCAAACAGUAUUUGGACCAUGAUAUCGCCAGACCAAUUUCCUUUUCUUUACAACGUCAGCGACAACCUAGCACCAUGGCACCAAUGCAUGCGAUGAACGAGCUAUGCCCGAUACAAAGCCAUACCUUGUCGUUCAUGGGGGCCAGGCGUCGGGCAUCAGCGUCAUACUGUAUCUCAGAGUCUCAGUGUUAUACGGGACGAUAUGGGAGAUGUUCAGACUCCAAAGCAGCCUUCUCCACUCAUCUCUCUCCUUCCUAUUCGGGACAAGCUUACGCGACGCCACGAGCAAAACAUCGAUUUUUGCACGGCUGGUUGAGGUGGACUUUGAGCUUGUAGCUACUGUAGCUUCAUGCUUGCGAGUCAGAUAUAUCAUAUACAUCACCUUGCAGGCUCGAACCGCGUCAGAAAAAAAGGCCCGGCAGCCAGCCAAAUGACGGCACAAGCCGCCCACGGCAAGCACGUUGCCAAGUGCGCCCCUGCAGCCUCACCCGUCCUGGGUCUCCAGCCUUGACAAGCAAGUCUCAAUCUGUGGCACAGUCUAAAGUCAUUACCACUGAGCAGCAGUGUCAUCUUCCCAGCUUAUUCUAG